UUCCGACCCGAAAACCGCGCCAAAGCGGGAAGGGCGGCACGGCAACCACCAUGGCGGAGGGCCACGCGACGUCUUUACUCCGGGCGUCGCCCGCCCCUCUGACCUGCGCGCCGUGGGCGGCAAGCCUACGGACGAAGCUGCUUCCGCCGCCGAUGAUUCGCUCGGCGUCGGCAAUCCCGAGGCUAGAGGCGCGGUGCCAUUUUCGCCUUCCUCCUCUGUUUUCCCGCCCGAUGGAGACGAAGACGAAGAUCAGAGCCAUCUGCACGAGCGCGACCUCCUCUACUACCGGUCGUUCAAAGACCUUCGAUCCGGUCUUUGUCUCCUCCAUCUCCCCAGUUGGCAUUACGUGCAACUGCGGCUGCGGCACUUUCGACGGCCUCGAUCGCCCGCUCUUCUCCACCAUAUCGAUCGAUCCUGACCGUCGGAUUAACUUCGCGACUACCCCUGUGAUCCAUAGCAGGGGUCAGGAGAGUGUGCGGCACUGCUGGUGGCCUGCUGACAUGGCGGCUCGGCGUCCAUCUAUGCAAUGGAGAAGACGGGGAGAAGGUCGAAGAGAUGGCGUGUCAGAAGUGAUGGCGGCCAGCAACCCCGUCGCUCCAAGCGCUCCCCCUGACGCCACGUGUUCCGCAGGAAGACGACACACGCCCGCUGGUGGUGGGGCAGGACGCGGACGCGGACUUGUCUACGUGGAAGUCGGCGGAAGGAGACCAUCUUCUCCAUCUCCUACACUUGCUAGAUCGCACACUCGUGAUGAUGUCAGCACGGAUCCCGUUGGCAGUAGCCGAAGUGAGAGGGAUGCAUCUGGGGCAUGUUCAAGAUCCGAAUCCAGUCCAGGUGCAUUGACGGCUCCAGACAAUUCAGGCGGAGGUGAAGAUGGGAAUCAUGGUGAUGCUGUACGCAGCAGGAUCUGGAGGGAAACGAAUGCAGCUGGUGCACGACGUACAAGCGUCGAAUCUGGACCAGGUGCACGUGCGACUCCAGGUGCAGGCUUGGUUCCAGGUGCGGGAGAGAGUGGAGAUGGGGGUCUUGAGUUCUCUUCUUCGCGUUUCCGCAAAGGUGAUCUCAGGCCCGACGGUUCUAGAGGAAAGCACCGUUGGGAGAGGAAGGAGGAUCGUGCGGCAGGUGAUCGUUCUGGUGGAGAUCGGGCGAUGGCGAAUAGCGGCGGAAGAUCGAUGAACGGAAAAGCGAUGGCUUCUUCUAUGGCGGCGGCUCCGAGGGCAUCAUCAACUGUGGGACAGGAAUAUCAUGCGAUUCGAGGUGGUGGUGGUCGUGCGACGUCUCCAACGACUGGUAAUCGUGGUCGUGCGACGUCUCCAACGACUGGUAAUCGUGGUCGUGCGACGUGUCCAACGACUGGUAAUCGUCAUCGUCCUCCUAUGGGACAUCGUAGCGAUGACAGGUUUCUUCGUAAUGGACCAAGGACCAGAAGUCCCGAUCCCGAUCCUGUGGAGCAGGUUCGAUUCGAUGGUCGCGUUCCAAGGAAUCCGACGGUUGGAAUCAUCGGCGGCGGAUUGUCUGGCAUCCUGUGCGCGCUGACCCUCGCUGAACAUGGCAUUCGCUCGACGGUGUUUGACACUGGCAAGCACGGGCUGGGCGGACGUAUGGCGACGCGCCACGUGGAUAUACGUGGUGGCCAUCGGCUGGUAUUCGACCAUGCGGCGCAGUUUUUCACCGUCUCUGAACCGCGUUUCCAGCGCCUUGUCGACGACUGGUUGAAGCGAGGGAUAGUGAGGGAAUGGGAGGGGGUUGUGGGUAAGAUAACUGUCGGUGGGUCGUUUCAGGAGGAGAAGAUGCCCCCCCCCUUGAAGAGGUAUGUCGGAUCGACGGGGAUGCGCGACGUGUGCGACAGACUGCUUGAGCGACAACCUCUGAUCACUGUCCGGCGACCGGUGUGGAUCGGCACUAUGGAAGCUCGGGGUGGCAAAUGGGCGCUGAGCGAGAAUGGGAGAGAGGAGGGAGAGUUCGAUUUCGCCGUGAUUGCUCAUAACGGCAAGUGUGCCAAUCGACUUCUCAAACCUGCAGGAGUGCCCUUCGUGUAUGGCCAAAUGAAGAGAUUAGAGUUGAGUGCGAUCUGGGCGCUGCUGGCAGCGUUUCAGGGGCCGUUACCUAUGCCAGCUGGCGUGCGGGAAAGUGGACACGCGGCAUUCGACGGAGCUUUCGUGGACGGCAUCCCCAGCAUAUCGUGGAUGGGCAACAACACGACGAAGCUGAUGCAGGGAUCGAAGCCCAACGGAAACAGCACUCGAGGAGGAAGACGAGAGGGUGGAUCGCAUUGCUGGACUUUCUUCAGUACGGCGGCUUUUGGGCGGCGGAACAAGGUGCCCCAAGAGAACAUACCCCCGGAGAAGGCGACGAAGGUUCUAGGAGAGAUGUUGAAAGGGGUGGCGGCGGCGUUAGGAGUUGAGCAGGCGGAGCUGCCGCCCAUGGUGUGGCACAAACUGCAGCUAUGGGGGGCGGGAUUGCCGCUCAACUCCCCGAAAGUGCCGUGCAUUUUCGAUCCCGUCGGGCGCGCCGGGAUCUGUGGCGACUGGCUCAUGGCGCCUAGCCUCGAAGCGGCUGCUCUAAGCGGCCAGGCUAUGGGCCGUCAGAUUAUGCGAUUCUGCGAAGCCGGCGUUUCCGACCCAGGGUCGGGAUCCCGCCAUUUAGGUUCUAUAGUAGCUGCGGGAAAUGGUGGUCCCCCCGCCGUCCCGACGGCUGUCGGGAUACCAGAGCCGUUGCAGCCGUUCGCCAUGGGGCUGAGCGAGUCAUUGCGUCGGCUGGAGGGAGGACAUGACAUCGGGCUGUUUCCGCAUCCAUAGGCCGGAGAUCGGACUGCCUUCCCCCCCUUAGCCACGAGAGCCAACAUGUCACUUCCUGCAGUCAUAACGACGGGCUGAGCUUGCUAUUCAUGGAGGAUAGGAUAUAGCCGAUAGCCGAUAGUACUCGGUGCAAUAGCUAGCUACUUCUUCUCCUAGCCAUAGCCAUGAGAGCCGACGUGGCUCUUCCUGCAGCCAUAGCCACGGGCUGAGCCGGCUAUUCAUGCAGGAUAUUGCCGAUAGCCGAUAGCCGAUAGCCGAUAGGCGAUAGCCGAUAGGCGAUAGCCAACUUCGGAGCACUCGGUGGAAUAGCAACUUCUUCCUUUAGUCUAUAAUAGCGAUGAGAGACGACGUGCCUUUUCCUGCAGCCAUAGCCGCGGGACUGCGCACAGGCGAUUUACACAGGAUGUACCCCGCAGCGCAUAGCCGAUAGCCGAUAGCCGAUAGCCAACCCGGGGCUAUUCCUGCACCCAUGGCCGAGGGAAUCACUGGGUUUGCCAUGCAGCCACGUCAGACUCUGCUAGCCGGUUCUUCUCCCUAUGCAUAUAGGAAAUGGCCGUUGCGGUAUUCAUAACGUCAUUAUAACCAGAAAGAGUCAGACAGCUCUCCCUGCAGCCCAUGGAGUCAACUGAUGGGCUCUCACGGCAGCCGUUCCGUAUUCAGACAGUCCAUCCAUCGCCUGUUGGCCCACCCACCCACAGCCACAAUAUCCGGUGUGCUACUCCAGCACAGCUUUACUCUCACCCAACGGGUUAUUCCUUCAGCCAUAGCCAAUAGCCACCGAGCUAUUCACGCAGCCACAGCCAACGGCUAACGGCCAACAGGAAGAGCUUUCUCAUCUUGGCCGUCGUCCGUUGACCGUUGACUGCCUGUGGCCGUUGGCCGUUGACCGUUGACCGUUUACUGCGGCAACCAUAACCUGGAGAGCCCUAACGAGCUUUCUUUCCCUACCGCGGGGUAGGCUGUAGUCAAGGCCGGAACAAGUCCAGUGACUGUCCGUCUGUGGCUCUUUCAGCUGCUUCGUCUGUACAGAGCCCAAUUCACUUGUGUAUUUUUUUUUUCUUCUACACCCCAUUUCCCCACCUCGUUCCCGCGAUUGCCAUCCUCCCAUCCCAUGUCGACGGCUGCUCCAUAAAAAAACUAAGUCCGUCCUCCAACCAUGGUGCCAUCUCCUUCACGAUCUAUGUUGAUUCCCUCGCGUCUGUCUACCAGGCUCAGCCCCCUGGAAGAAGACGUACACGUGUCUCUGGACCUCUUUGCUCGCCUAGAAAAGAAAAAGAACAAAGCAGAUUGCAGCAGAAGCCUUAGUGCUUCUGUUACGAGUGAGCAGUUGGGUGCCUUCUAUCGGCUGCCAGAAGGACAGACAAGAGGGGGCAUACUCACACUAGGGCUUUCAAAUAUGCCCCUGGAUGUAUAUGACCGCUUUUCCGACCUCGCCUGGAUGCACCUGACGGCAAUUACGUCCAAGUGGAAACAGUAUAUAUGUGGCUACAGGGAGGGAAGGUCUCCGGCGGUUGGUUCCUCUUGCCUGUGCCGAGCGAGCUCAGAGCGCACCCAAAUGACUGUUUUUUUUUUUUUUUUAAGCUGCCUUCUCCGCAUUUUGGGGGACAGGCAUACAUUUCUCUCUCCCCUCGCUUUUUUUUUUUUUUUUUAACUGGCGUUCUGCCGUGUCCUUCAUGGAACAUAUCUUUCUUUUCAGAACCUACCUACCACUACUCCUAAGGCUGUACAGGGGAUACUGAUCAUCACGCGUUCGAACCCGAUCCUUGUUCGCAUUGGUCCACAUUAAUUUGGUUUUCUGAUACCUGAUCAAUCUGCGAGCCACCUGGGGUCUAGUCUCACUCGCAACCAUUCUGCGGUCCUGGCCGUUGAUCUUCGUAGUCUACGGCCAGAAAUGGAUCGAAUCUGAGGAAGUGGGGACCUGGGCGGAAGUGGGAACUCGGCCCUGCACUUGCCAGUCAGCACGCCUCGAUGAACAAGGUUGCCAUAUUGAUUAGUAUGGUAAGAUCUAGCUUCGAUUGAUUUUUUUUUGAAUUAAAAAAGAAAAAGGGCGACGGCCUUGGGAUAUCAUCAUUAAGCUGACCGGCCCCAGGCAAUUCAGAAAUAGUUGGUUGUACAACUUUACUGGUCAAGUUCCAUCAUCUGGAUUUGAACACAGGUCCGUAUUUUGAACAGCUCAUGGCCGUACCCACUGAGCUAGGCUCUUGGGUUUUUGCUUCGAUUAUUUGAAAAGGAAGAAAAGGAAAAAGGAGAUCUUGCUUCAAUUCUUUGCUGCCACACAGCCUCGCAACCCCUUGUUUGGCUAAAUCAAAUGUCCCUUUUGUG